GCCUGCAAGAUGUCUCUCAAGCUCGCGGCCGCGUUGGCCCUUCUGGCGGUGGUGCUCGCUGAACAGAGCUCCCACGUGAGUUUCAGCCUCGGGGGCGCCCCUGCCAUCACCCACGCCAGCGUCCUUCACCGCUCCCCCGCCUUCAGCCCCGCGCCCUUCCACCAACGUCCUGCCUACCCCCCACGGCCCACCUACAGGCCGAACUAUGGCCCGGAGCCGCGGUACCCACCCAAGCCUCACUACCGCCCCGCGCCCUACCACCCCGAGCCCCGCUACCCCCAGCCCCCGCCCCACUACCGCCCCCAGCCCGCCUACCCACACAAGGCUGAGAUCCCCGCCUGCGCCAAGGACAACCCCAAGCCGUGGUGCCUCGAGGACAAGGACUACCCGACCUACGAAAUCGAGCACGCGGCGGAGCAACACUUCGAUAAGCUUCUGUCUCUUUACGCCGACGUGGCGGACCUCAACACGGAGCUCUCAGUGUACGGACCAAAGACCCUGGAGGAGGAGACGUACCUCUGCCCCUCCGCCACCGGCUACGUGAAGCCGCUGCGCGCCAUAAACACGGAGGGCAAGUGGCGCGUCAUUGUCAACGGCAUCAAGGUCCACUACGAGACCCUGACGCAGACCACGCGCCUCGAGGAGUGCCUCAAGGAGAGCUACGCCUGCCCGCUGGUGCCCGAGUGCUACGAGUCCAAGUGCCUCCAAAAGUCCAUCUACCACCGCUUCCUCGUCUUCGACCCCUACGACAAGUACUUCCCCUUCGCCGUGGAGACCUUCAAGCUGCCCGCCAGCUGCGCCUGCCUCCUCGGCGCCUCCACCCUCGACCACUAACACGAAAACAGCAUUAAUGUUACUCCCAGAUCACCGCAACACAACUCUUGCCCUUGGCAUAACGUCUCCCCUCAGCUCUCCAUUAUGAAGAGAGUGUGACCUCAACCAAGCUUUAACAUCUACCUCGCCUCUACCUAAUUUGCGACCUCAACCAAGCUCUCAUAUCUACCUUGCCUGUGCCUGGUCCACCUGACCUAACUGGCGGCACGUGAAGAAAGCAGUUCUCUAGUCAUCUCGAAGGGUUAUCCCUACUUAUUUAUGUUUAUGUAUCGGAAGUACACUUUAUGAUGGGGGAAGUGCGUUAGUUUUAAGGAGAUGGUAUAGACUUUAAUAAUAAUAAAUAAGAAAAAAGAA